UCUAUUGAAAGAAGUAGAACUAGUCCCAAGCCAUUACAAAGAGGCGAUGUUACCCGGACUCUUUUCGACGGGCGCGUGUCAUCAGAUCUUUCAAAAGUAGUGCAUUUUUUAAUGAUACGACAUGGUGGGGCAACAUUUUUGAAGAGUCUGAGCAACAUAGCAAAGAGGAACUAGACGCAAUAUUUUAAUCCGAACUUGUUUAUAAGCACGGGAAAAAAGGUUUUUUUUUUUUUUUUGAUUGUGCCUGUUAGUUGUAGUUGCAUCACAGUUCCUUUCCUCCCAAAGCUUGCCAAGGGAAAUCCGCCACUAACAUUUUCCUCUCGAUAGACAUGGCGAACAUCCGGUAGACCCAUUGCUCUUCAAAAUCCGGUGUGUAUUCAGUGUUUCUCUUGAACUCCGUGUGUAAAAUUUUGAAGCUAUGGCAUAGAUAGACAAAGAAAUUCUCUUUCUUAAACCUUUUUUUUUUCCUGAUUUUAUGAACUAAAAAGUCAACCUUGUACUUUGUUAGUUGGAUGCCAUAACUUGGGGGGUAUGGCUUUAAGUGCUAACCUAACUUUUAUUUGAAAUUUGCUAUCUUUUUAGUGUGUAACCAUGAAGGCAUUACAUUGAUGCCACAUUGCUAAAAAAGUUCCUUACUAAAUUAUGCAAAGACAAGUCUUGACCUAGUCUUUAUCUGGACUUUGCUAUCAUCUUAGUGGCUAACCAUGAAACCGUUACAUUAAUAUCAAGUAUGAUGUUACUUUUCUACUAUAAAAAACAGAGAUCCCAACCCAACUAUGCAACACGAGUCUGAGUUCUAUCCUCCUCUUCUCCAAGUUUAGUUGGUUGCAAAAGCAAAUGAGAAGCUUUGGAAAUUUAGGGCAAUGGCCUCUACUUGCAUUUGCUUUGGCAAUUUGCUUUGUAGCCAGCACUGUUGUUGCUGAUUACUCUUAUGGCUAUACUUCUCCCUCACCUUCUUACAACUCUAAGAAGUACUACAAAUCACCAUCUCCGUCCAACUAUGAUGCUCCCACUCCAUACUACAAGAAACCGGAGAAAUAUGCUGAACAUUCUCCAUCGCAUUAUUACAAAUCACCUGUGCCUUUGAAGCAUGACUAUUACAAGUCACCUACUCCUUCAAAGCACUACUACAAGUCCCCAGUAGUAGUAAAGUAUUACAAAUCACCUGUUCCUGCAAAGAACUACUACAAGGCGCCUGUCCCGUCAGUGAAGUACUACAAGGCCCCAACUCCUUCGAAGUACUACAAGGCUCCCGCACCUUCAAAGAAGUACUACAAGUCCCCCGCUCCUUCAAAGAACUAUUACAAGUCACCUGCUCCUUCAAAGUACUACUACAAGUCACCAUCACCGGCAAAGUACUACUACAAGUCACCAUCACCGGCAAAGUACUACAAAUCUCCAUCGCCUGCAAAAUACUACAAGUCACCAUCCCCAGCAAAAUAUUACAAAUCACCUGCUCCUUCUAAAUACUAUAAUUCUUCGUCCCCACCAAAAUAUUACAAGUCACCAGUUGAAUACAAGUCUCCACCACCACCUCCAGCUUAUUAUGAGAAAUCACCUUCUUACUACAAAUCCCCUCCACCUCCUCCAAAAUACUAUGAACAAGCACCUUCAUACUACAAGUCACCACCACCGCCGCCAAAAUACUACGAUGAGUCACCAUCUUCUUACAAAUCUUCACCACCUCCGCCAUACUACAAAGAAUCAACUCCUUCCUAUAAAUCGCCUCCACCUCCACCAUACUACAAAGAAUUUACCCCUUCCUAUAAUUCCCCUCUCCCUCCACCAAAAUACUACAAUCUACCACCUCUACCAACAACCGUAAAAGUACCAUCAUACUACUCGCCUCCACCACCAACGGAAUAUUACAAGCAAACUCCAACCUACACCUCACCUCCCCCACCAGAGAAGUACGAGCAAUCUGCCACCUAUGCUUCACCUUCACCCCCACCCCCACAAGCCUACUAUUAAUAGUUACGAAUUCCAUCAUUUCCACAAUUUACAUGAAUUCUAACUCUUUUUGCUCCUAUUUCGAGCAUCUCUAUUUCCUCAACUGAAAUUUUAUGUAUGCUUCAAGCAGGUUUUGCUUGUUUUAUGUGUUCCUUUCUUUUAAUAAUUUGCAAUAUGCGUUGUUUGAGAUUUUAGUAUGAUCCUCGAGAUCUCUCUCAGUUUGGCUCAUUGUGUAAAGAUUCUUUCUGGUGUAACCUCUUUGAGAGUUUCACUUCGUGUAAUACUAUUUCUUCUUUAUCGAGCUUUGUUUUCUCUUA